UCUUAAAAUAAAAUGGUUAAACCAUCAAUCAGCAGCGGUAGUAUAGUGGUAAGAAGAAGAACUUGAGAGGCAAGAUAUAAAUAAACCCAUCGAUUUUUUAUUCAAAUUUGGUCAGAAGCUUAGUUGAUAUUGUUUAGUUAAUAGAAUCAUAUUUUAAACUUCAUUAAAAAAAUUAGACUAGAGUAAGCGUUGAUAAGUUCUCUUUGAGAUUACUUUCGUCCCAGAUGUUUUAAAAAAAACUAUCAACCUUUUAGAAAAUAAUUAGAUGUUAUCAACCUUCUGUCAAACGAAAUAAUACAACAAGAAAAUGGGAAACAGUCAGUUCUAUAUAAACGUUGUCUUUCUCUCUGGAACAGUCACAGUCUCACAACUCCAAUAUUCAAGUAUCGCUCCUAUCUAUCUCUCGCUCAAUGGACGAAAGAAAUGCAGAAAGAGAAACUAAAGAUUUCAUGAACGUUGAAUCUUUCUCUCAACUUCCUUUCUUCCGUCGUCCUCCCUCCAAAGACAAGAACCCUAAACCCGUUCGUCUCUUCGGCAAAGAUUUCACCACUGGAGAAUACUCCGGUACCACCAGUCAACAAGACCACUCCGAGACCAAACACAAAGAAGAUGAAGAAGUAGCAGAAGACGACCAAACCGGAGAUAACGGUAAAGACAAUAGCAGAAGCAACAACAACAGGAGAUUCGAGUGUCACUAUUGUUUUAGAAACUUCCCUACUUCACAAGCCCUAGGUGGACACCAAAACGCUCACAAAAGAGAACGCCAGCUCGCCAAACGCGGUGCGUCCUCUUAUUUCCACCAUCCCGACGCUAAUCUAUAUGGUUACCGUCACUACCCGUCGUGGAGCAGCACAUCUUUACCGGCCGCUAGGUUCUAUGGAGGAAACAUUCCAGGUUCAGGACCGUCGUCCUCGUUUCACACACGGCCGAUCAAUGGGAGUCCAUUAGGACUAUGGCGUUCAUCUUCCAGCUUUAGAGGCGUUUAUAACCCAAACGCUGCGUUUACUAGUCAUGUCUCUUCUGAUAACUCAAUUUUAUCAUCCUUGGCUGGUUCUCAGCCGCAUCCACCGUUACAAGUGGGUGGCUCCGCAGCUCAGAACCGCAUGUCUUCAUACCGGUACGGUUUGAGUCCUAAUGUGCAAGAUCAUGUGAGUCUUGAUCUUAAUCUUUAACGUCACAGAAAAAAAAACUAUAAUAUCUAUUCCACACAUGUUUUAACCAGUUCAUUUAGUAAAAUUUAAGAAUGUUAUGAACUUUUAGAGAAAGAAAAACUGGUAGGUAUGUGAAUGAGAAAAUGUACGAUGUGUGGAUCUUACGUACGUUAACGUAAUUUAUUUCGUUAACAUUUGAUGAUGUUUCUGAUGCUCAUCACUCAUAUAUAAUAAGAACUCAAUUAUAUGUUUUUUUUUC